AUGGUGUGUAGCAGCCUCGGAGCUGGCCACCGCCGCUCCGCCCACGCCUGCAGCGAGCCGGAGAGCGGCUCCGGCUGCCGCGCCAAAGAGCUGCACCGCAGGGGCUGGCGCAGCAGGGGUUGGCGCAGCAGGGGCUGGCAGAGCAGGGACUGGCGCUCGAGCUCCGAAGGGAGAGCCAUCAGCUCCACCAGUUGA